GAGCUUCUUCUCUUAAACCUCACACACAAAGGUUCGGAAUAAGAAGGGUUUUGGAGAGUGAUGGGGUCCAUUGUUCGUGAAUGGGUUGGGUUUCAGCAAUUUCCAGCGGCUACUCAGGAAAAGUUAAUUGAAUUCUUCGCCAAACUGAAGCAAAAGGAUAUGAACUCUUUGACAAUUGUUGUAAUGGGCAAAGGCGGUGUCGGAAAAUCAUCCACUGUCAACUCUCUUAUUGGUGAACAAGUCGUCCGUGUCAGUCCUUUCCAGGCGGAAAGUUUGAGGCCAGUGAUAGUCUCAAGAACAAUGGGAGGCUUCACUAUAAACAUUAUUGACACCCCUGGGCUUGUGGAAGCUGGUUAUGUCAAUCAUCAAGCCCUCGAGUUAAUCAAAGGGUUUCUUGUGAACAGGACCAUAGAUGUGUUGCUAUAUGUUGAUCGUCUGGAUGUGUAUAGAGUGGAUGAGCUAGAUAAGCAAGUUGUUCAAGCAAUCACCCAAACUUUUGGAAAAGAGAUUUGGUGCAAAACCUUACUUGUUUUGACUCAUGCUCAAUUCUCCCCACCUGAUGACCUUUCCUAUGAAACUUUUUCCUUCAAGAGAUCAGAUUCUCUCCUCAAAACUAUCCGCGCUGGUUCCAAGAUGGGAAAACAACAGUUUGAGGAUUCUGCAAUUGAGGUUGUGUAUGCGGAGAACAGUGGAAGAUGCAGCAAGAAUGACAAGGAAGAAAAGGCAUUACCGAACGGUGAAGCGUGGAUACCGAACUUGGUUAAGGCGAUAACGGAUGUUGCAACAAAUCAGAAGAAAGCGAUUCAUGUGGACAAGAAGAUGGUAGAUGGAUCUUACUCUGAUGAUAAAGGAAAGAAACUCAUCCCUCUUAUCAUCGCCGCUCAGUACUUUGUCGUUAAGACGAUCCAAGGAGCAAUCAGAAAUGACAUCAAGAUAAGUGGAAAGCCACUUUAAGAGUUCUAUGUUUAUUGUGAGAGAAGAGUUUUUGUUUUUUCUUGUUUCCGGCUUUAUGUUGCUGUUGUGAUAUCUUGACAUUUGUUCGAAUGAUUUAAAAAAGCUCAGUAUGCUGGUUGCUUUAAAUUGUCGAGUUAUUUGUUGUCUUCUUCCUCUGUCUCCCGACUAAACCAAACAGCAUACUUGUCAAGACCGGCUCUUCAAUAGGAGUGCUGGGCUAUAGCCGAAUGAAA